CUUAGCGUCGUGAAGCCGAUCUUGUCAACACGAAUGAAUUACGCAUCGAAAAGUGUGUGUUUGUGUGAUUAGACACCGAUUUCGGCACAUAAACAAUAAACAUGACGUGGGGUUUUGUCACUUGUGGCCCCAACGAAGCACUAGUUAUCUCAGGAUGUUGUUAUAGUAAACCGCUUUUGGUGCCCGGAGGUAGAGCUUUUAUCUGGCCUUCGAUUCAGAGGAUACAAAGAAUAUGCCUGAAUACGAUGACGUUGAUUGUGGACAGUCCGACGGUUUACACAAGUCAGGGGGUUCCCAUUUCCGUCACUGGAAUCGCACAGGUGAAGAUCCAGGGCCAAAACGAGGAGAUGUUGUUGGCCGCCUGCGAGCAAUUUUUGGGUAAAACAGAAGAGGAGAUCCAACACAUCGCUUUAGUCACACUCGAGGGCCACCAAAGGGCCAUCAUGGGCUCGAUGACCGUGGAGGAGAUCUACAAAGACCGCAAGAAAUUCAGCAAGCAGGUGUUUGAAGUGGCUUCUUCUGAUUUAGUCAAUAUGGGAAUUACGGUCGUUUCGUACACUUUGAAGGACAUCAGGGACGAAGAGGGUGCCAAGGGCUACUUGAAAAGCCUCGGGAUGGCGAGAACAGCCGAAGUGAAACGCGACGCCCGCAUCGGCGAAGCCGAAGCCCGCGCCGACGCCCAAAUCAAAGCCGCCAUCGCUGAAGAGCAACGCAUGGCGUCGGUGUUCCUCAACGACACCGAAAUCGCCAAAGCUAAACGCGACUUCGAACUGAAGAAAGCCGCAUACGACGUCGAAGUCCAAACGAAGAACGCCGAAGCCGAGAUGGCUUACGAACUACAAGCGGCCAAAACGAAGCAGAAGAUUAAAGAAGAACAGAUGCAGAUUUUGGUGGUGGAGAGGACGCAGCAGAUUGCUGUUCAGGAUCAGGAGAUGCAGAGGAGGGAGAAGGAGUUGGAGGCGAUGGUGAGGAGGCCAGCUGAAGCUGAAAAAUACAAAUUGGAGAAGUUGGCCGAAGCUGAUCAUAAUAGGAUUAUUUUGGAAGCGCAAGCGCAAGCCGAGGCUGUGAGGCUGAAAGGCGAGGCGGAGGCGUUCGCUAUUGAGGCCAAGGCGAAAGCCGAGGCCGAGCAGAUGGCCAAGAAGGCCGAUGCGUUCAAGGAGUAUAAGGAGGCGGCUAUGAUCGACAUGUUCUUGGAUGUUCUACCAAAGAUUGCUGCAGAGGUGGCGGCGCCUAUAUCCCAGACGAAGAAAAUCACAAUGGUGUCAACGGGAUCGGGUGAAAUCGGCGCUGCUAAACUCACAGGGGAAGUACUCGACAUUGUCAACAAGGUCCCUCAACUAGUCAAGUCUUUAACCGGUGUUGAUAUAGCCAAGAACAUCCACGCUGUAUAGGAUAACGAUGUUAAGGGAUCGAGGACCAAUUUUCGCAUUUAACACCCUGCAGACGCUUUCGGAUGAAGAUAGUUAGCUUAAAUCCUCUCAAGUCGAGCCUUAUAAAUAUGUAUAUGUGUAAAUGUAUAUUUUUUGUAUGUGAUUUUGGUGUGUAAUUUCUGCCUCACGGACGAUAACUAGAAUCUCCCCACUUUUAUGUAAUUACUUGUUAAGAAUACUCUAAUCAAAUUUUCCGUAAUUAUUGAUUAUUGUAUUGUUCACGCGUGUUUUGUUUGUUGUAGCACGAGUUUUAACAGUGAUGGGUUAUGCAAUUGGUAUUAUAGCAUUGAUGUGGAAGUCCUUGUUGUUAUUAUACUGUAUGAUGCCAAAAAUUUAUUCUCAAAGUCACUGUAAAUUCUGGCCUGUGCUAAUAAACGAUAUUUUACUAUAAAUAAA